AUGGGUGGUUCCUUCCUUUGUUUGAUGUUCUUCCUGAACACACUUCUAGCACAUCUGACCACGGCCGCACCUCUCGCCAACGACAAUGACUGGGAAUAUUAUUACGACUGUGGGACAGAUACCAGUAGUUUGCCUACACAGUCGACUGCAUACCCGGGGUCUACGACCUCUUCUGCUAGCAGCUUUACGCCUGUGCUGUCCACCAGGCGAUCAGAUACCUCAUCCUACUCGCUCUCGACCACCAAUCGCUUGUCGUCUUUAAGUCAAUCUGCGGUUCAGACCGCCUCUUCGAAAGUCGAGCCUCAAACUUCAGGUGUCGUUAUUACUUCCUUGGAAACUUCUGGCAAGAGCUCUGUCCAGCCGUUUCCUACAUCGGUGGCUUCUGCUUCUACUACUCUGUCCCUGAUCAACACGGCUAGUACAUCUUUACCCCACCCGAAUGCCACUCCUCUGGCUGCAACGAUGUCUGUGGACAAUGUUUUCGUGGCAUUCGCAAGUGGUCCACCUCCGUCACAGAUAUCCUCAAGAACCGAUCAUCCAGUUGCUCAUUCCAUGAUCGCACCACAAAAAAAGAAAUUGGAGACGAACAAGUUCUACGCCAACUUCCUCUUAGGCUCUCAGUCAUCCUCUACCUUCACACAUCCCUACUCGGUGAGUUGGGGAAAAGGGGCAGGUGUGCUCAAAAGUUACGGGCUGGCAGUUAGCCACAUUGAAAGAUCGCAGCUGGCAUUCGGCCCUGGAGAUCCGGCUCGAUACUUCAUCAACCCUAUCGGCAUACAAUCGCUCACACUUUCUGCUUCGGAACUGAACACUACAACUCAGCUCACGGUGGAUUCUCUGGAUGCCUUCUCGGCCAAUGUCAACCUCCUGGCACGUCCUGGUGCUGCUCCGACUAUCACCUUCCCAUUGAUCCAGGGAAUGGGAUUUGUGACAGGUGUUUACAGCAAUGGAACGCCACGUAUCGAGAGCGCGAUUUCUUUUAUCAGUGUCACGUAUGUUGGACGUAUGCCUUCCGGAUCGACCUUCAAGCAUCAAGCAAAACUUGCUGAUGGUACAUCUUGGAACAUCUAUGUCACAACCUCGCAGCCAGGAUACCCUGUCAACUCCUUCACCCUGACCAAUGUUCGCGUACUGCAAGGAGCCCCUAAAUUCCAGGGGUUUAUUCAAGUCGCGAAAGUGCCCUCUGCUGGUGCAGAAGCGAUCUAUGACGAAGCAGCAGGUGCAUAUCCGGUCUUUGCAACGGUAUCUGGAUCUGUAACAGGAGCUGCUGGAACGUACAAGUUGACCUGGACGAAACAAGGCGUCGCAAAUCGAACUUUACUACAGUGGGGCCUCCCUCACCACGUUCAAAGUCUUACCUCUGGUGGAGUGACAAAUGUGAAGCUCCAGACGACCACUAAAGGGAUGGCUACGGGUAUUGUUGGCGACUCAUGGACAUUACUCGAGCAGAACUUGCCAGUAGACAUGGGAUUCGCUCCUUGGUCACCAUCACUCCGAGGAGUCAGCAAGGUCUCCGCCGCAGCUAUGAAGUUAAUUAACAAAGCCGGAGAAAGUGAACUCAGCCAGGACAUGAAGAAGCAAUCAAAUCUUGAUUCGAUGUACUACUCUGGCAAAGCACUCGCCAAAUUUGCCGCCAUUACCUAUGCAGUUCACGAUGUCGGCAAGAAUGCAACACUCGCUAUAAGUGGACUUCAAAAGCUAAAAACUGCAUUUGACACAUUCGUUCGCAACAAGCAGAUUCUUCCUCUUGUCUACGAGUCGUCAUGGGGUGGAGUUGUCUCCAGCGGCACAUACCAAACUGGAGACUCUGGUCUAGAUUUCGGCAAUACUUAUUACAACGACCAUCAUUUCCAUUAUGGAUACUUUGUUUAUGCGGCUGCUGUGAUCGGAUAUCUGGAUCCGAGCUGGUUGAGCCAGGGGACGAACAAGGCAUGGGUCAACACAUUGGUCCGCGAUUAUGCCAACUCUGUUACCACUGAUGCUUACUUCCCCUUCUCUCGAUCCUAUGACUGGUAUCACGGCCACAGUUGGGCGAAGGGCUUGUUCGAGAGUGGUGAUGGAAAAGAUGAAGAGAGUUCUUCCGAGGACAACUUGUCCAUCUAUGCAAUCAAGAUGUGGGGACGAACCAUCGGCGACAAGGCAAUGGAAGCCAGAGGCAACCUCAUGCUGGCUAUCCAAGCAAGAUCUAUGCAGAAUUACUUCUUGUACUCCUCGGAUAACAAAGUGCAACCUGCCAGCUUCAUCGGUAACAAAGUCAGCGGAAUCCUGUUCGAGAACAAAAUAGACUACACGACCUAUUUCGGCAGCAAUCCAGAGUUCGUACACGGCAUCCACAUGAUCCCGGCUGGCUUCCCAUUUAGCGCAUACGUGCGCACACAAAAGUUCGUCACGGAGGAGUGGAACACCUUCUUCUCCAACGGACGGGCCAAUGUAGACGGCGGUUGGAGAGGUAUAUUGUACGCAAAUUUGGCAACCAUCCAGCCAGCUACUAGUUAUGCUUUCUUUUCAGAUCCCAAGUUCAACCCUGCUUACCUUGAUGGUGGAGCUAGUUUGGCUUGGUACUUGACUUAUUCUGCAGCUAUGGGCGGGUCGCCUAGUGCGGCUAAGCGGUCAGAUGCUGGAGGGAAUGUGACAGAAGGAGAGUCGAUAGAGAGACUGAAGGUGGAGGGAGAGCAAGUAACUAGUGCUGUCCAUGGGCAUAGAAGUCACGGCCAUUCGCGGGUCUAG